GAACUGAGAGACAACCAUAUUCACAGUACUACUAACAGUGGAUUUGAGCACCAUAUCACACAACAUAUAACGUCUUGAAUUUAUCUUGCAGCGCCCUCAAUGUGGAACUUCAGUAAACGUGGAAUUCGCAACGAUGUGGUGUUAUUAAAGAUUUGAUAUAAUAUUUGUUAAUAUCGUCUCGAAAUUAUCAUCAAAAUGGAUCCAGCAUUACUUAGAGAACGAGAACUCUUUAAGAAGAGAGCUCUCACAACGCCAACAGUCGAGAAGAAGAAAAGAGAGCCAGAGAAGGAAGUGAAUCGAGAUGAACCAUCAAAGAAGAAACCAAAGUCCUCUUCGGUGUCCUCAGGACCCAAACUGGAUAUGGUUAAUUAUAAGACUAUGUCUGGUAGUUCUCAAUAUAAGUUUGGUGUAUUGGCAAAAAUAGUAAAACAUAUGAAAGCGAGGCAUCAGGAUGGCGAUGACCACCCUUUAACAUUGGAAGAGAUUUUGGAUGAAACAAAUCAAUUGGAUGUAGGAUCUAAGGUGAAGCAAUGGCUACAAACAGAAGCACUAAUAAAAAAUCCAAAAAUAGAGGUAAUGCCAGAUGGUAGAUUCUGUUUUAAAGCAUUGUACAGAAUCAAGGAUAAAAAAUCAUUGUUAAGAUUAUUAAAGCAGCAGGACCUAAAAGGACUCGGAGGUAUUUUAUUAGAAGAUAUACAAGAAAGCUUACCUCACUGCGACAAGCAUUUAAAGAGCUUACAAAAUGAAAUAUUAUUUAUCACACGACCGUUAGAUAAAAAGAAAAUUGUUUUCUAUAACGAUAAAACCGCACAGUUUCCAAUUGACGAUGAAUUUCAAAAAUUGUGGCGUGCAGUUGCGGUAGAUGCAAUGGACGACCAGAAAAUUGAUGAAUACCUCGAGAAGCAGGGAAUCAGAUCGAUGCAAGAUCACGGUCCAAAAAAGCCAGCUCCCAUUAAAAGGAAGAAACCUAAUGCGAGGAGGAAGCAAUUUAAAAAGCCAAGAGAUAAUGAACAUUUGGCCGACGUUUUAGAAACAUACGAUGAUGGCAAAUAAAAGCUGAAGUGUUUAAAAGUGAAUGUUGUAUAAUAAUACUAUUGAUAAUCAGUUCGACGAUAUUCGUGUGCAGUCACGCUCGCAAUAUGUUGCAGUUCAACAGAGCACUUGUUUUGCACAGUGUCAUACAGCUGAAUGUGAUAUGGAAGUUAGUAUUUAACUAGUAAGAGUGAUACUCAUGUAGGAAGGAUCAAAGUGUGAAGAAACUUGUAGGAUACUGGGCUGAAUCGCUUUUCCCCCUGGAAUAAGCACGCGUUGCUUUACUACCCAGCAUCCUGUCUAAUAAAGACUGUUUAUUUCGUCUUCUUGCUGCUAAAACUUCACGGCAUAGUUCGUGGAAGGACUCAGCCACUUGAG